UUCUGGACUCAUUUCGCUGACCCUUGUCGCUGCAGCCUGACCUCGCCUCCACCGCCGGCUCCGCUAUAUAAGCCGCGGCUGCCCUGGCCUCGGCACUCCGCUCCCUCACUCCCGCCGCCAUGAAGACCGCCGUCCUCCUCGCCCUCGUCGCCGUGGCCCUCGCCGACAAGCUGCCCGGCGCCGCCCCUCCCGUCAUCGCCAUCUUGAGGAGCAGCCAAGUCAACCCCGACGCGCUCGGCGCCCACAGCUCCGACUUCGAGGCCGAGAACGGCAUCGUGUUCCAGUUCUCGGGCUCUGAGGGCGUCAACGGCGGAGCCAACAUGGUCGGAUCCUUCAGCUACCCCCAGGAGGACGGCUCUCUGGCCGAAGUCAAGUUCGUGGCCGACGAGAACGGCUUCCAGCCCGAGUCGUCCCUCCUGCCCGUGGCCCCCGCCUUCCCCCACCCCAUCCCCCAGUUCGUCCUCGACCAGAUCGAGUUCGCCCGCCUCGAGGACGAGCGCAAGGCGCGUGAAGGAAAAAACUAAUAAUGCCUUUGUGAUAAUGAUGCCAUGUGUCUAACUCUGUUCCAGUCUUAUAUAUCCAUAUUUAUAACAGCAAAAUGCAAACUGUAAAUAAAAAUACACAUUGUAUUAGA